UAGUCCCCUUACUUUGACCGGGAUGAUGUUGCCCUGUGUCACUUUGCUGAGUUCUUCAAGGAGCAGGCCCAUGAGGAACGGGAACACGCUGAGAAACUGAUGGCAUUCCAGAAUAAAUGUGGAGGCAGAGUCCUCCUGCAGGAUGUCAAGAAGCCAGAGCAGGAUGAGUGGAGCAAUGGUCUGGAGGCAAUGCAGAGAGCUCUGCAGAUGGAGAAGGAUGUGAACCAGAGUCUGCUGGAUCUGCACAAACUCUCCUCUGGCCACACGGACCCUCAUCUGUGUGACUUCCUGGAGAGGCACUACUUGGAUGAGCAAGUGAAGAUGAUCAAGAAGCUGGGAGAUGACAUCACCAACCUGAAGAGACUGGGAGCCCCUGAGAAUGGCCUGGGAGAGUACCUGUUUGACAGGCUUACCCUGGGGGAGAGUGACUGAACUGACUGCAG